AGAACCGCUAUUUAUAUCCUACUAUCAUAUCUGAUAGUGAAUUAUAAAUUAUAAUGAUACUAUAAUAAUUCAUACAUAAAAGAAAUAUCGUUAGACUCCAUUUUACUAUAACUUAGGUCAUAAUUCUGAAUAUAUUGGUUUAUAAAUUCAUUCCGACGACAAGAAGAAGGAAACCCGUUUAUAUCUGCCAUAAUUAGUGAAUAUGCAGUGUCAAAAGUCGUUUGAUGACUUGACAAUUUUUUUUGUUUUUCAAUAAUAUAUAAAUCAAUACAGUGUUGCAAUUGUUUCAAACGGUGUAAAUCGAUAUGUGAUAAAGUAAUAUAAUUUUCAUUAGAAUGUUAAUAUAAUUGAAGACUGUUUCACAUUAACAGAAAAACUUAAAUUGUCAGUUAUUCUUACACGUUUACAUCGAGUUUGCAGAUUAUCGAUGGUUGAUGGGUGUCUCUUUGAGCCAGUGGUGUAAUAAAACUAUACAAUGGUCAAAGGACAUAACAGUGUCUGACCACAUAUGUUCACUAUCGAGUGAAAAAUCCACUGAACAUAUGUGCGACCACGCACAUGCAAGGGAUUAUGAUGACGCCACUAUUAUAGCGUUAUAUGUGGCUAUCAUUACAUCCCCCAUACCUGUUUGUGUUAUGUCCUCAUAACAUUAUAAAGUGAUUAAAGCUUUAUUUUAAAACAAUCAAAAAUAGAAUCUGAUUACAUAAUUUUGCAAUAAACAUUUAAAUUUAUGAGUAUACAUUUUUAUAUGUACUUAAGUAAAUUUAUACAUUUAAUUGAUUAUUUUAUUUAACAGAUUUUAAACUAGACUAAUUUAACCUAGAUUUGUUUAUGUGUAUGAGAAUAAUUAUUUGUAUAAACUAUAAUAUGUAUUAUGACUAUAGUAACUAUAUAAUAAACUAUAGCUAAAAUAAAAAAAAUAAAAAAUAAAAACUACUUACUAAAAACUAAGUUAUAACUCUAAAUUAUUAUUAUUUCGUAUGGCGUAUUAAGUCCGAGAGUAGUACCACUCUGUAAUUGACCGUCAGUUACCGGUUACGCUUACCAAACGAUAUCGGCUGGUUACAAAAUGUGAUGAACCGUUAAAGUAUCUGAUUGGUUGUUAAUUUUUAUUUUUUUGUGAUUAUUUUGAUAUCAUUAUCAUUCUUGAUUAUUUUUCAAAAAAACCAUCUACAUUGUGCCGCGAACAAAAUUAUUUAAAUUUGUUUUCGGUUUUCUUGUUUAUGGUUUUCGAUAUAAUAUUAUAUAUUUUACAUAUUACUUUUUUUUUAACUAUGGAUACACAAGACUAUAUGGAUUUUGAUGACGACUAUUCCGAUACCGAAGAAAGUGAUGAAGCAAUCGAUGAUUUUGAGCAUUUAGCAGAACUUGUAGCUUUCCCUAGGCGUGCUAAAAUUAUUCGCAAACGACCUGAUCAUUUUAAAGUAUGGAGAGAUGAUGAGUUUUUGAAUAGGUUUCGUUUGAACAAAGAUACUGUCAAGUUUAUUCUACGUAUAAUAGAAUCAAAAAUCGUAUCACAAACCAGUAGAAAUAAUGCAGUAACACCUAGUCAAAAACUGUUGAUGACGUUGAGGUAUUAUGCAACUGGGUCUUUCAUAGCAACUUGUGCAGAUUUUGCUGGAAUACAUAAAACUACUGGUGGGAAAAUUAUAAUAGAAGUGUCAAAAGCUUUAGCAGGACUUAGACCAGAUUUCAUUAAUUUUCCAACAACUGAUGAGGAAAUACGUCAAGUUAAACAGGAUUUCUUCAAUAUUGCAAAAUUCCCAUCAUGUAUUGGAGCUAUAGAUUGUACCCAUAUAAAAAUUAGAUCCCCAGGUGGUGAUGAUGCAGAAAUUUUUCGUAACAGGAAACAAUUUUUCUCUAUGAAUGUACAAACUAUUUGCGAUUCAAAAUUGAUAAUACAAAAUAUAGUUGCUAGAUGGCCAGGUAGUAGUCAUGAUGCAAACAUAUUUCGAAACUCUGCUAUUAAACAACGCUUUGAUAAUAGAGAGUUCAAAGAUUGUGUUUUAGUGGCUGACAGUGGUUAUCCAAUGCAGUCUUAUAUGAUUACACCCAUGUUGAAUCCAAUUACAAACGUUGAAAAUACUUUUAAUGAGUCACAAAUUCGUACUAGAAAUCCAGUAGAAAGAUCAUACGGUGUCUGGAAGAGACGAUUUCCAAUAUUGAGCUUAGGAAUAAAUGUAAGAAACUUGGAUACAGUACAAGCUAUUAUAGUAGCCACAGCAGUACUGCACAACAUUGCUCGUCGGUUUGGAGAUGAUGAGCCUAGAGUUACUGAAGAACAAGAAAAUUUAAUUACUUUAACAAUAUUUGAACAACCCCAUGCUAUCAACAAUCAAGGAAGAAAUCAAUCGAUACAUAGAAACCGCUUUUUAAAUUAUUUUAAUUCAUUAUUGUGACUAUUUUUUUUGUAUAUUUUAAACUAGCAAUCAAGAAAAUUGUUAUAUAAAAAAAAACUGUAUUUAUAUAUUUUGGUUAGUUAAUUAUUUUUUUUUAAUAUAGCAAACAAGACACAUUCUUUAGUCUUUAUAAAUGGUGGAAAAAUAACAAAAUUAUAAAUGCACUUACAUAUAAUGAGUAACAAAAUAAUUAAAUAUCACAAAUUCCU